CGCUGCUUCUGGUGCUGGUGCUUUUGAUGUCGCUGUCGCGACUGUUACCCUUCAGUGUGCGUUUGCACGUUGAACACGACGGUACAUGUAGCUGAGUGUAAGGAGUCUUCAAUGCGAUUUGUUUGAUCUUGCAACAGUGCAUAAAUACAAAAAAAAAACAAAAAAAAUUAUAAAUUAAAUUAAAUAAUCCAAAAAGUACAUAAAAGAAGUUGGGAAAGUGUGGCAACAUCCAUAAAACUAACUUAAGUUGUUGUUAUACCAAAUACCGCGUUGACAGCCGCAAGUGGCAGAAGCUCAAGCAGCUGUCUGAAAUAAGUACGACCAAGAAGCUGCCACAGAGCUCUGUUGAGAGCCCAAGUGGCCAAUCGCAAACAGCGGCAACAACGUUGGCGUGCAACGUCCUUGACAUAGAGCGGACGAACACACAAAUCAGUCCAGAGUGAAGUGGAAGACGACAUCAUCGGACGAUGAAUUGGACGCGCGUGUUGCUAAUCGGCCUGGUGGCCGUCUUGACGCUGGCACUUGUGGAGGUUGCAUCACUCUCACUGGAUCCAGUUGCUUCUGCUGAGCUGGAACAGUUUAUCAGGAAAGGCGAUGUGGUAAUUUCCACGCGUCACAUAAGACCGCGACGCAAACUGCAUAUAUCCAUUGAGGCGCUGUUCAUGAUCGACUUUCCCAUGCUGAAGCAUAAGAUGUCCUUCUUCCUGGACCGCAAGCAGCAGCGCGUUACUCUGGACAUAAGCGCCAAUGGAGCGACAGAGUCACGCAACUUUGAGAUACCCAACAUAAAUGAGACGAGCACCAUACGAUCGUUGGCCCUGCAGUUCUCGAAGAAUCGCAUUACACUCCAUGUGGACUGCAAGCCGAGCACUUUCCACGACAUUGACAUGAGCCUGUCCAAGCUGUAUACCCAAAUGGAUGAUCCAGUGAUUAAGCUGUUCAGGGAACGCAAAUAUCCACUACACUUUGAUGCAGACAUGGAACACUCGCUGCAGCGUGCCAACUGUCAAAAGGGUCUCCAUCGCCGGGGCAAUCGGCGCAUGCUGCGGAACAAGAUCUCCGAGCGUGAGAAGAACAAGAAACGCGAUGUGCGCAGCAAUUGGUACCAUGAGCCAACUCUGGCACGGGACGGCGUCGAUCAGCGUCAGCAGGAAAUACCUACGGAUGUGGAGCGUGGUGAUAUACCCAUCAUGCAUGGCGAUUGUGAAGACGCCCUCGCACGAUCGCUGAGCGAUCUUCUGGCAUUGGUUAAGCUGCUGCGCGAAGAUGUCGCCCACCAGCGUCAGGAGAUUGCCUACUUGCGCAUGCUCUUGGAGAACUGUGCGGGCUGCAAGGAGCCCAGCGGCGACAAUCAUAUACGCCUCGAGCCCAAUUGCCGCACUGCGAAUCCUUGUUAUCCUGGCGUUGAUUGCCACGAGACCGCCUCGGGACCCAGGUGCGGCCGUUGUCCUGCUGGCUUCAUUGGCGAUGGCAAAGUCUGCAAGCCGGGCGUCAGCUGCGCGGACAGGCCCUGUUUUCUAGGCGUUCAGUGUCACGAUACGGUGAACGGUGCCCAGUGUGACUCCUGUCCGGCUGGCUAUGAAGGUGAUGGACGCACAUGUUCGCUACGUAAUCCUUGCCUGGACACACCAUGCCCCUCAGGUGUCGAGUGCAUUCAGCUUGGCUUCCCGCCCUACUUCCAGUGCAUCUCCUGUCCACGUGGCCACAAAAUCAAUGGCACCACCUGCCACGACGUGGACGAGUGUGCGAUCUAUCAGCCCUGCGAUGAACGGGCCAUUUGCAGCAAUCUUAAUCCCGGCUUUCGCUGUGGACCCUGCCCGCCCGGCUUCGAUGGCAUCCAUGCACAUGGCUAUUCGGCGGACUACUUGGCAGUGGGCUUUCAAAAGCAAACCUGCUUGGAUAUAGACGAGUGCAAAAUGGGCUUCUUUAGAUGUCCGGAACAUGCUGUCUGUCAUAAUAGCAUUGGCUCCUACAGAUGUCAGUGUCAGGAUGGCUAUGUGGCCAAUGGCACCUUCAGCUGUCUAUCUGCGGCCGAUCUAUGUCCCGAUGGCAGCAUCUGCGCCAGAAAUGCGGAAUGCGUGCCCACGGAUAAUUAUCAUUACCAAUGCCGCUGCAGCGUCGGCUGGGCGGGCAAUGGGCGUGUCUGUGGCAGGGAUCGCGACCUGGAUGGCUGGCCGGAUGAGUCGCUGAACUGUGCUGAGGCGCAUUGCCGUCGCGACAACUGUCCAGACUUGCCGAAUUCUGGUCAGGAGGAUGCCGAUCUGGAUGGCAUGGGCGAUGGCUGCGACGAUGAUGCCGACAGCGACCAGGUUUUAAACGGCAAGGACAACUGUCCGUUUGCCUUCAAUAGCGAUCAGCUGGACUCGGAUCAUGAUGGCGUGGGCGAUGCCUGUGACAAUUGUGUCUUUAUUUCGAAUCGCCGGCAGCUGGACACCGACGAGGAUGGCCUGGGCAAUGAGUGCGACGAGGAUAUGGACAACGAUUCAGUGCUUAAUCAGUAUGACAAUUGUCCUGCGCUGCGCAAUCCGAAUCAAUCCGAUGUGGACAACGAUGGCGUGGGCGAUUUGUGCGACAAUUGUCCAACCAUACCAAAUCCCACGCAGGAAGAUCGGGACAUGGAUCUAGUGGGCGAUGCCUGCGACAGCGACAUUGAUGGCGAUGAUGACGGCAUACAGGACUCAGAGGAUAAUUGCCCCAUGGUCAGCAACUCAGAUCAACUGGACACGGAUGAGGAUGGCAAGGGCGAUGCCUGUGACGAUGACAUGGAUGGCGAUGGCGUGCCCAACUACAGAGACAACUGUCCACUGGCCAAGAAUCCGCAACAGUUAGACAUUAAUCACAAUGGCAAGGGCGAUGUCUGCGAGGACGACGAGGACGAGGACGGCACGCCCAACAUUAUCGAUAACUGUCCAAACAAUUCCAUGAUACAACGCACCGAUUUCCGCACUAUACGUUCGGUUAUCUUAGAUCCUGAGGGCGAUGCUCAGCUGGAUCCCAACUGGGAGGUGCAUGCAAAUGGUUCGGAGAUUAUACAAACUCUCAAUUCCGAUCCGGGCCUGGUGGUUGGUAGCGAUUCGUUUGGAGGUGUCGAUUUUGAGGGCACUUUCUAUGUCAACGAUGAUACGGACGAUGACUAUGUGGGCUUCAUCUUUAGCUACCAGAGCAAUCGCAAAUUCUAUGUGGUGCAGUGGAAGAAGGGCACCCAGACCUAUUGGCACUCGUCGCCCUUCCGCGCCUCGGCCGAGCCGGGCGUCCAGAUAAAGCUAAUUGACAGCAACACAGGUCCCGGCUCCAUGUUGCGUAACAGCUUGUGGCAUGCCGGCGACACGCCUGGCCAGGCAAGGCUGCUCUGGAAGGAUCCACUGAAUGCCGGCUGGAAGGAGAAGACCUCAUAUCGCUGGUCCCUAGUGCAUCGACCUUCCAUCGGGCUGAUCAGACUGCGCAUAUAUGAGGGCGAACGUUUGAUAUUGGACUCGCACAAUGUUUACGAUGCCACACUCACCCUCAAGGGCGGACGGCUGGGCGUUUUUUGUUUUUCCCAAGAAAUGAUUAUAUGGUCGGAUCUGGUUUACAAAUGCAACACACGCGUACCGCCCCUCAUCUACAACGAACUGCCCACACAUCUCAAGCUUAAAGUGGAACUGGAGAACUAAGCAGAGCCCAGCCGCGGUAUUUAUAUCUGGUUUCUGUCCCAGCUUUCAAAGCAGCAGAAGGUAACAACCUUCUCAACUCUCAAGCAUAGCAACUAAGCCCCAACUUAGUUGUCUGCUUGAACACGUCUUUGUUUAUAUCACGCAAUAACAUUACCCGCUAUUUUUAGUAAGGGAUUUUACAUCAAAAGGACACUGCUUUAUAUAUGCAAGAAACGAGCACUCAGAAUCCCAUCCCAAAAUCAUAGUAUAGGACUAUGCAUACUCUCCAGCUUUGCUCUCCUGGAUAAACCUGACGAGUCCUGUAGCAAACAACUCUCAUUGUCCAGGACUAUAAACUGACCUAAGGACAUCAAUAGCACUCUUACAGUUCCCCAGAUAUGAAGCAUUUUUUGAUUCCUUGCACCUGUGACGAAAAUUUUACAAGUCCAGGAUUCUUAGAUGACCCCCUGCUAUUUUGAUGCAGUAUUAUGCAGUUAGUCCUUACGAUCCUAACGCACCAUGUCCUUUAAAAAUCCGACAGGAUAUGGCCGAGUUAUGGCUAUUUAUCUACAAAGGAUACUAUUACAAAAGUGGAUAUAUCUUUGAAAUUUCAGGGACUUUCAGCAUGUCCUUUGGCUAUCAGACUGUCCUUGUCUUGCUCAUUCAGAAAAUGUAAUGAAAAUGAGGAAGGUCCUUUAAACAGCCAAGAUAUGAGGGCAUUUGUUUUGUACAUUAAAAUGGCCCUAUCACAGCGUUAUCCUUGCAGAUCCUGUUAAGUCCCGUGUCAAACAAAUUGUAUAGACAAGGACUACAAACUGGCAAAAGGACAUCCGAAUCGUCCUUGUGGUUUCAGAGAUAUGGCUAAUUUUCUAAAAAGGACAUUCUUUUUAUGGCCAUAUCUUGGUCAUAUCCUUGAGGAUACCCGAAGGAUAUACCUUUCUGAAGUCGUGGGGAGCAGGACUAUCGAUUGGCAUUCAAGGAUUUCCAGAAUUCGACAAAAAAUUUCACGAAAAAUUUUCACAGGGGUUUAGUCAGAAAAUUGCCAAAAAUCGAAAAAUUCGAGACUAACUUUGCCAUUUGAAGGACUAUCGCGAUGUCCUUUGGACAGUAGAUAGUCCUCAUCAUCCCAUUUACGAAUAUACAAUCCAAAGGACGAAAGUCCUUCGGACAAAAAAGUUUUAAGGACAAAAUUGUAAACCGAAAAUAGCUUAUAACUCGGCCAUAUCCUGGCGUAUCCUGACGAGUCCUGUGUCAAAAAAAUUGUAUUGACCAGGACUACAAUCUGGCCAAAUUACAUUACGAUCGUCCUUAUAGUUUCAGAGAUAUCGCGAUUUUACUGUAAUUUGGUGAUUUCACCCAAAUUUCCUUGCGGCCCGCGACUGAAAAAUUACCAAGUCCAGGAUUCUUAGAUGACCCCAUAAUGUUUUGAUGCAGUUCGAUGCAGUUGGUCCCCACGAUCCUAACGCACCAUGUCCUUUGAAAAUCUGCAAGGAUAUGGCCGAGUUAUGGCUAUUUUUCCUAAAAAUACCCUUACAUCUCCCUUAUGACAUUUUUCAUAUAAA